AUGACCUUCAUUUUCACAGCCCUGCUCUGUCUGGGACUGACUCUGGGCCUCAGGACACCAGUGCUGGCAGGGGGCAUACCUAAGCCUAUCCUCACAGUUCAGCCAGACUCUGUGGUCUACAAGCAGACUAAAGUGACCUUCUUGUGUAAGGGGACCAGAGUAGCCAAACAGUACAUACUGUAUAAAGAGGGACUCCAUUAUCUACCGAGCACAGAGAUUCCACAGAAGCCUAAGAAGAAGGCAGAAUUCUCAAUCCCAAAAAUAGACGCCAAUCAAGCAGGGAGAUAUCAAUGUCGAUAUCAGACUCAAGAUGGAUGGUCACAGUUCAGUGACUCCCUGGAGCUGGUGGUGACAGGAGCACACAGUAAACCCAGCCUGUCAGCCCUGCCCAGUCCUGUGGUGUCUGAGGGAGGACAUGUAACCCUCCAGUGUGUCUCAAAACAACGAUACCACAGGUUCAUUCUGACUGGGAAAGGAACACGGAAUAUCUCACAAAUGCUGGAUUCAGAGUAUAACUACUCUACUCAGCACUACAAGGCCCUGUACUCUGUGGGCCCUGUGACCUCCAGCCAAAGGUGGACAUUCAGAUGCUACAGCAAUGACCAGAGAAGCCCACUGGUGUGGUCAGAACCCAGCAACCCACUGGAGCUCCUCUUCUCAGGGACCCUCCACAAACCCUACAUUAAGGCUGAGCCAGCCUCUGUGGUCACCUCAGGGAGUGCUGUGUCCAUCUGGUGUGAGGGGAACCUUGAUGCAGAAAUAUAUGUUCUGCAUAAAGAGGGAAGCAAAAAACACUUAGGCACACGGUCCCCAGAGAAGCCUGGGAACAAGGCCAAGUUCUCCAUCCCUUCUGUGACACAGGAACAUGGAGGACAAUAUCGCUGUUACUGUUACAGCUCAGCUGGCUGGUCAGAGCCCAGUGACACCCUGGAGAUUGUGGUGACAGGAAUCUACAACAACAAAACCAGCCUGACAGCCCUUCCCAGCCCUGUGGUGACUUUUGGAGAGAACAUGACUCUCAACUGUGUCUCUAAGAAGGGAUAUGACAAGUUCACUCUCACCAAGAAAGGUCAGAAGUUCCUCAGCUCUCAGAACUCACAGUUUAUACCCAGUAUCACUCAGUACCAAGCCUUGUUCUCUAUCGAUCAUGUAACACCAGAUCACAGAGGGACAUUCAGAUGUUAUGGUUACUACAACCAAACUCCACAUUUGUGGUCAGUACCCAGUGAAGCCCUGGAAAUACACAUCUCAGGUCUGUCCAAGAAGCCCAACUUGCUGACUUACCAAGGCCAGAUUCUGGACCCUGGGAAGAGCCUCACCCUGCAGUGUUGCUCUGACAUCAACUAUGACAGAUUUGCUCUGUACAAGUUAGGGGGAGCUGACUUCACCCAGAAUGGGGGCCAGUGGACCCAGAGUGGCCUCUCCUUGGCCAACUUCACAGUGGGCCCUGUGAGCAGCUCUAUCGCAGGCCAAUACAGAUGCUAUGGUGCACACAACCUCUCCUCUGAGUGGUCAGCCUCCAGUGACCCCCUGGACAUCAUGAUCACAGGACAGCGUCCCUUCAGUCCUUCACUCUCAGUGAAGCCUAACUCCACAGUACACUCUGGAGACAACGUGACUCUCAUGUGUCAGUCAACAUUCAAAGUGGACACUUUCAUUCUGUCCAAAGAGGGAGCAGCUCACCAACCCCAGAGACUAAAAUCAAAGUCUGAAGCUUGGGACUUCCAGGCAGAAUUCUCCAUGAGUGCUGUGAUGUCUGACCUUUCAGGCACCUACAGGUGCUAUGGAUCUCAAGACUCAUCUCCUUACCUGUUGUCAUAUGCCAGUGGCCCUGUGGAGCUCACUGUCUCAGGUAAGGUGACCCUGAACUCUCAGACCCCCAGCCCAACACCCUCAAAGUCCAUGCCAACGGCUGGACUGGAAGGGUACCUGAAGGCUCUGGUCGGAGUCUCUGUGGCCUUCUUCCUGUUCCUCUUCAUCCUCAUCUUCCUCCUUCUCCGACGAAGGCAUCAGGGAAAAUUCAGGAAGGAUGCCCAGAAAAAUACAGAAUUGCAAAUUCCUACAGGAGCUUCAGAGCCAAUAACCAGAGACAGGGUCUCUGAGAAGAGAUCCAAUCCAGCUGCUGCCACCCAGGAAGAAAGCCUUUGUGAGAUAAAGAGGGUCCUGGGGAGGGAGAUGUCUGAGGACUCAGCAUUGCAGGGGUGGUGGAGAGGCUCUGGGGUCUUUGCUAUUUGGGUCUGAACUUCUCACUAUAGACCCUGGAUAUCACAACACUCCCUGAUUCUCUGUCCCCACCUGGGACAAUACAGAAAACUAAGGGUCAGAGUCAUCCCUAGACUCUGCUCAGGAGACAUUCUGUUUGUUCUUCUGACAGACGCUUCAGUGGAGGACACACAGCGUGAGGAUGGCGCCAAGCU